AUGUCACAACUCUCAACAUGGGCAAAAUUCACCUUGCCAUGGACGAAAAACGGCGGUCUCUCACGGCCUCCAUCCUUCACGCGGACUCACUCUUACACCAUCGCCGUGAUAUUUAUUCUCUGUUGGUGGCGAAUCUUCCGGUCGCAUCGACAUGCGCGGUCAAUAUAUGAGUUGACAUGGAGACAAAAGCUAUCCCUGGUUUGCCAUCUGCCCAUCCUCCAGGUGGCCAACCUGGUCAACCGCGGGCUUAAUAUCAUCGCGAAUGUCUCUCUUUGGUACAACGGCAUUUCUGUGAGCAAUUUUGGUGUCCAGGAAAGUGCCUUCACAAGCGAGGACGACUUCAGCCUGAUGCUCGACAAGAUCGGCGGGUUUGGACAUCGUUCGACCGGUAGUGAAGCACAUGAAGAAAUGCUGCAAUGGUUAGAAAAGGAAUUGGUUCAAAUUCCAGGCAUUGUGAUUCAUAAAGACGCUUUCGGUAUCAAGAAAUGGGAGACUGCAGAUGGCUGCACGCUGCAAGAAGCGGGCGAAAUCCUGAUUGAUGAUACGACCAGCGUCCCGAUUGCUGGGGUUGUACCAUACAGUUUACCGACCCUAGGACAGACCGGAGAUUUAAUCUUCCUUCCGCGAGCAGAAUCUAUUGCAAACGCUGCCGUCAAAGGUAAAGUCAUCCUUCGAGACUUUCCAUCCCGGCAGAUUCCAUAUGCUUUGGGUCGGAUCUGCGCCUACCAUGCGACACCGGACCUGGAUACGGACUUGCUAUCACUUUAUGAUCGGCCUGGCUUGGCAGACGAGCCAUUACACGUGGAUCUACUGGAAGCAGGUACUGCGGGUGCGGCCGGAGUUAUAUUUCUGUUUGAUAUUGUUGGCGAACAGGUGGAAUCCUACUUUGAUCCCCACAAAGGCACCCACUAUCUGAUACCAGCGAUGUAUGUGGGGGCAGAGGAGUCGCUUAUGCUUCGUCAAUUUGCUCAUCAGGGAGCCAGUGCCACUCUGAAAGUGAAGGCGACGGUAUCGAACAGCGAAACCCGCAAUCUGAGAGCCACGCUUCCCGGCCAAAUCAAUGAGCGAGUCAUCUAUCUUUCACAUACAGAUGGCAACACCUACAUCCAAGAAAACGGACCGGUGGCCCUUCUUGCAUUGGCCCGUUAUUUUGCACAACAGCCCUUGGCGAAUCGUAGGCGAACACUUGAGUUCUCCUUCAAUACAGGCCACUUGCACAUCUCUCGGGAAGGAAGCCUCCGACACGCUCAGCAGCUUGACCAAAUCUAUGAGGAAGGAUCUAUAGCGCUGGUUAUUCCCAUGGAGCAUCUGGGGAGCCGAGAAAUUGAGGCUGUAAAGCGCUCAGAUGGGAAACCGGGGCGUGAACUACGCUACUCAGGUCGUGGGGAGCUGAUGUUGUGGUGCGUGGGACCGAGUCGCCCUGUGGUGAAAUCUAUUUGGCAGGCAGUGCAGCAGCGCGGCUUAGAUCGUGUGGUUGUGACUCGUGGAGUAUCAAAGCCCAAUCGAUCUCAGGUGCCGACCUUUACAUCGUUUGGUGGGAUUGGAGGAUAUUAUCACAAUAUGCUCUUACCCACUACCUCCUUAAUUUCCGGUCCAUGGUCACUGUGGGCACCAAAGUUUGGCAAGGAAGCCGUUGAUAUAAAGCGAUUCCGAAACCAGACCCUUGCAUUGGGGGAUAUCUAUCUUUCAAUCGACCACUUGUCUCGAGAGACCAUUGCUGGUGAUUAUAUCACAUAUCGUAACCGGCGAGUGAUGGGAGUGCCUCCUGCUCAAAUUGUGUACCCUCCGGAAACCGCUAGCUCAGAACUCUCGGAUUUUGGAUCUAACUCCUUGAUCUAUUAG